UACCAAUGGACUGACUAGGCAAAGCAUUGGAUGAUAGUAAUUAGAUCAAAGAAACUGACGAGCUGCAUUUUCAGUUUUUGAGGCGAUUCAAGGGAUCUCCUCCUCUUUUACUAACCUUGAUACCUCUCUCUCUCUCUCUCCCCCUCUCUCUCUCAUGGAUGGAGGAACAGGUUCAACAAGGCUAAGCAAGUCAUGUGUUCUCAUCAUAGUGGUGGCAAGCAUAGAGAGGUUCUCGUACAAGGGAGUAGCAUCUAAUCUGGUGACCUAUCUGACGGAUGUUGUGAAGAUGAGCACUUCUUCGGCCGCCAAGAGUGUGAACACUUGGUGUGGAGUCACGUCGAUGCUUCCUCUAGCUGGAGCAUUUCUUGCCGACUCUUACUGGGAUCGAUAUUCCACCAUCUUGGUCUCCUCCCUGCUCUAUGUGGUGGGGCUAUUGGCAUUGACCUCACGAGCACUUCUAUGGGCCAACACCUCAUCAGCAUCAUCAUCAUCAUCAUCAGCAUCCCUCUUUUGUUCUCUAUAUCUGAUUUCAUUAGGACAAGGAGGAUACAAUCCAUGCUUACAAGCCUUUGGAGCAGAUCAGCUAGAGAAUGUGGAGGAUGAUGAGUUGCCAUGCAACAACGUGAAGGAAAGUACAAACAAGAAGACUUCGUUUUUUCAGUGGUGGUACUUUGGUAUAUGCAGUGGAAGCCUCUUGGGUGUUUCUUUUAUGUCGUAUAUACAAGAUACGUAUGGAUGGGGAUGGGGAUUCGCUAUCCCUACCAUUGCAAUGGGAGCAUCUAUCGUUUUUUUCUCAUGUGGUAGUCGUUCCUAUGUACACAAGCAAUCCAAGAUUGUAGAGAAGCCGUUUGACGCGAUCGUUCAUUCCAUCAAGGAAGCUGUAAGGAAAUUGCUGGGAGGUAGGAUUAGCUUAUUGCCAAGAGACUCUGAUGGCUUCGAGCUGGAGCUUCAAGAGAAGAAGGCGCUUCAAGUCAAGAUUGACGGAUCGAAAUCCUCAGAUAUGAACCCAAGCAGUUGUGAGUUACCAUUUGAUGGUGCAAGAGCCAUACUGAGGCUAUUGCCUAUAUGGGCGAUGCUUCUGACAUUUGCUGUGAUAUUCCAACAACCAUCUACUUUCUUCACAAAACAAGGAAUGACAAUGAAAAGAAACAUCGGCGAAGACUUCAUGAUUCCUCCGGCGACACUUCAGAGUGCGAUAACCAUCUCCAUUAUACUCCUAAUGCCUUUAUACGACAAGAUAAUAAUUCCAAUUAUACGGAUAUUCACUCGAGAUGAUAAAGGAUGCAAUGUGCUGCAAAGGAUAGGGAUAGGAAUGUUUCUAUCAAUCAUUGCUAUGAUCAUCGCUGCGGUUGUCGAAUCUAAGAGACUCAGGAUCAGUCGAAAGCCUGAUCUUCUACUUUCAAGAACUUCAACAGUUCCGCUGAGCAUCUUCUGGUUACUACCACAGUACAUCCUCUUGGGGAUCUCUGAUGUUUUCACAGUUGUCGGAAUGCAAGAAUUCUUCUACACCCAAGUGCCGAAUAGGAUGAGAACCAUCGGUAUCGCUCUCUACCUUAGUGUUUUUGGUGUUGGCAGCUUUCUUAGUGCUCUCCUAAUCUCAGUCAUUGAAUUAAUCACCAGCUCCAGUAGACAGAAACAUAGCUGGUUUUCAGACGACAUGAGAGAAGCUCAUCUGGACAACUACUACUGGCUUUUAGCUCUGUUGGGCACCUUGAGCUUGUUCCUGUUUGUAAAUUUGUCUAAACAUUACAAUGCUUGUAAGGAUUCUCCAAAUGAAAGUGGCAAGUAAUAUGCAUCUUGGUUAAAA